UUGGCAGGUGCGUUCCUCAUCAAUGGCCAGCGACUCAUCAAUUAUCUAUCUCCAAAACCUAAGGCCAAGUUUUGAUAUUAACUGAACUUCAUCACACGCAAAAAUAUUCUCCUGUUCUUCGUUGCCUCUCUCAUCAUCUCUCUUCGUCGUGUAUCCCCGAUUUGACGUUGAUGCCAUUGGAGCUUCCAAGUUCAGGAUAAUUAAAAAAAAAAAGAUCAAGAGUUUCAGAUCUUGCAUUGCAAAACCCUAGGCAUUCUUUAGAGCGAUCGAGCCAUUCGAUUUCAUAAGAGAAUUGAAAGUGUGAUGGGUUGUUCAUGUAUUCAUUGCUGGCUUAUUAUGGAGUCUUGAUUAUUGAUUCCUGGUGGGGAAACAUGAACAUUGUGAAGGGUGUUGCUGACCUCAUUCGGAGGACUUCCACUGGCCACAGUGCAGAGUCUGGUUCAGGCUCCUCAACUGAGAGGUUCUCUCCUCCAACUCCGAAAAUCCGUUUCAGCGAUGUUGGUGAUGAGGCCAUUCUAAGUACACUCUGGGGAAGAUAUGAGAAUGCGUUUGAUAAGGUUGAAAAGAGAAAGUUGUUUUUUAUUUUCCUCAAGCAAUUUCUAAUUAUAUACAAGAAUUGGGAGCCUGCAUAUCCUGAUCAGUUUGCAGAGGCGGCUUUGCCUUCUGCCUCAACUGUGGAUGAUAUAGUGGUUGGCUGCUGUACUGGACAUCCUUCUGAAAUUAGUCUCACUUUUAUUGAAGAAGUCACACAUGUAACUACUUUGGUAAAUGAAUUAAACACCAGCGUAGUGCAAUCAACAAAAGAUCAAAUAGGGACUUCAACGAGCUUGACUAUAACAUCUGAGGGGUUGCCUGUCUUGGAUGCAUUGACUAUUGUAACUCGGUCAAUGCAUAAUUGCCGAGUUUUCAGCUACUAUGGUGGGAUUCAAAAACUUGCUGCGUUAAUGAAAGCGGCUGUUGUCCAACUCAAGACAAUUACUGGCGCGCUUUCUGCUGAUGAAAAUUUGUCAAGCUUUAUGUUAGAGAAGACCAGAAUUUUGCAACAAUUACUUGUAUAUGUGGUGUCAAUUAUAUGCAACUUCAUUGUUCUACAUUCUGAUGUAUAUGAAAAGACUCAGAUGUACAACAGUAAAUUGGAGUUUUCUGUUCCAAGGGGUGGUGCAACUUUAACUGAUCCUUCUGCUAGCCUGAAUAAUCCCCUUUUUGAAACAAGGCUACAUUGGCAUCAGAAAGCUGUUGUGUUGGUGAUGGAAGCUGGUGGCCUUAAUUGGUUAGUAGAGCUGUUGAGAGUGAUGAGAAGGUUGAGUAUGAAAGAACAAUGGAUGGAUACAUCACUUCAGUAUUUGACUUUGAGAUCUCUUCGUUCUGCAUUAGCUGAUAAUCCACGUGGUCAAAAUCAUUUUAGAAGUAUUGGAGGCCUUGAAGUUCUGUUGGAUGGGCUAGGACUUCCAUCAAAUAAUGCUUUGAGAUCAAAGAUUUCUUCUUUUUCUGAUAUAGAAAGGGAUAAAAAUCCUUUACUGGCUAUUUUUCAGCUCCAUGUUCUUUUUUUGGAGGUUCUUAGGGAGGCUGUAUUUGGUAAUUUGAACAACUUGCAGUUUCUAUGUGAGAAUGGAAGGGUACAUAAAUUUGCCAAUAGCUUUUGUUCAGUUGCCUUCAUGCUUCAAGAGUACAGGCAGCAGACCAAUGAUUUGUCUGGGCAGGAGGAUUUUCAAAUACUUGUUUCUGACUCCAAAAACAAUAAUUCAAAAUUUCAUGAUACAGAGUCUUCUACUGAACUUUUUGUCAAUUUUUUUAUACGACAUUGGAGUGAUUAUGUUGUCAAGUUAAGCAGAGUCCUUGCUUUUUUCCUUCUUGCACCAGAAGAUAUUAAAUCUCAUAAUGUCCAAGUAUCAGCUGGUAGAAGUACCAUUCCAGUUUCUUCAUUAUAUGGGGAACUUUCGAUCAAGUGGUUCAUGGGGGCUCUUCUUAUGGUAUUUCCAUGCAUUAGGGCUUGUUCAAGUCAAAAUCAGUUGCCAAAUCCCUUAAGGAUUUUUUUUUAUACACUGCAGCAUUAUGCGCUCUUUGCAUUCAGGAAGGUUCUCGUUUCAUCACCUUCAUUACUAGAUGUUUUUCGGGCAGAGGGAGUAUGGGACCUUAUCUUCUCUGAGAAUUUUUUCUAUUUUGGGCCAGCUUCAGCAGAAUGUUUUGGAGAGUUGCGCAAGUAUGAUGAGGUUCCUCCAUGGAACUUGGAAAUAUAUUCCAGUUCCGACGGCCUUGGCAGUCAAUUAAAUGGUAGUGAAGUUGAUAUUCUUCAAAUUGAAGUAAUCUCUUUUGUGGAAUUUGCAGCAACGUUAAAUGGUAGUUCACAUAACUUGCCCGAGUGUUCUGUUUUGUUAGAUGCCCUUGAACAGUCUGCUUGUAAUCCUGAGAUUGCUGGUGUUCUUGCAAAGAGCCUGCUUCGAAUACUACAGCUUUCAACUGAGAAAACUUUUUCUUCUCUGAAGACACUUGAUGCAAUUCCUCGGGUGCUCAAAGUUGCAUCUAUUUUGGUCCAAGAAUCAAGAAGGCCUGAGAAUAUAAAUCCUUUUGUUGAGAGUAACAUAGAAGUGGUUCCUACUCAUGGUUUUCACAGACCUCAUUCAUCUGAAAUAUCCCAUAGUUGGUACAGAAGUGCAGAAACAUCAGUGGAGCUCUUUGUGGAAUAUCUCUCGCUAACAGAUGAUGCGAAAAGUUCAAUUUUGCAUAGUUCCACUUGUAUUGAUUGUUUGUUCGAGUUAUUUUGGGAAAAAGGUUUGAGAAAUAAUGUGCUUGCUCAUAUUCUUGACUUUAUGAAGAUCUCUCCAAUUUCUGAGGAAGACCAAAAGGCAAAGUUGUAUUUAUGCUCCAAGUAUUUAGAAACAUUUACUCAUGUAAAGGAGCGGGAGAAAAACUUUGCAGAACUGUCAAUCGAUCUAUUGGUUGGGAUGAGAGAUAUGCUUCUCACUGAUCAAGCGUACUACCAGGAUUUGUUUCGUGAUGGUGAAUGCUUUUUGCAUGUUGUGUCUUUGUUGAAUGGAGCCUUUGAUGAUGAGAAUGGUGAGAAGUUGGUUUUAACUGUCCUUCAAACUCUUACUCACCUACUUACGGGCAAUGAUGUCUCAAAGGCUGCAUUUAGAGCUCUUGUUGGAAAGGGAUAUCAGACAUUGCAGAGUUUGCUGUUGGACUUUUGUCAAUGGCAGCCAAGUGAAGGGCUUCUGAAUUCUUUGCUUGAUAUGCUUGUUGAUGGAAAGUUUGAUAUUAAAGUGAGCCCUGUAAUAAAGAAUGAAGAUGUGAUCUUACUUUAUCUGAGUGUUCUCCAAAAGAGCAGUGAUUCAUCCCGGCAUUACGGGCUCAAUGUGUUUCUUCAGCUGCUCAGAGAUUCAAUAUCCAAUCGAACUUCAUGUGUCAGAGCUGGAAUGCUUAAUUUUCUUCUUGAUUGGUUUUCUCAAGAAGAAAAUGACGGUAUAAUCUUGAAAGUUGCUCAAUUAAUUCAACUCACUGGUGGACAUAGCAUAUCUGGGAAGGAUAUUCGUAAAAUAUUUGCUCUACUACGAAGUGAGAAAGUUGGGACGCGGCAUCAGUACUGCUCAUUGUUGCUGACCAGCAUGUUAUCAAUGCUAAAUGAGAAAGGACCAACUGCUUUUUUUGAUCUCAAUGGGAAUGAUUCUGGAAUUACAAUUAAAACACCAAUACAGUGGCCUCUGAAUAAGGGAUUUUCUUUUUCUUGUUGGCUUAGAAUAGAAAAUUUUCCUAGAAGUGGGACAAUGGGGCUCUUCAGUUUUCUCACAGAAGAUGGAAGAGGGUGCUUGGCAGUCCUUGCAAAAGAAAAGCUGAUUUAUGAGUCGAUUAAUCAGAAACGACAGUGUGCUUCUAUGCAUGUCAACCUAGUUAGAAGGAAAUGGCAUUUUAUUUGUUUAGCUCAUAGCAUUGGUAGAGCAUUUUCUGGGGGUAGCCUUCUAAAAUGUUAUGUGGAUGGAGUUCUUGUAUCAUCAGAAAAGUGCAGAUAUGCAAAAGUUAAUGAGUUAAUGACUUGUUGCAUGAUUGGCUCAAAAAUAAGUUCGCCCUCAUACGAAGAUGAGAAUGCCAUGUACAACAUCAAAGAUUCAUCUCCUUUUCUCGGCCAGAUUGGUCCGGUUUAUAUGUUUAGCGAUGCCAUUACUUCUGAACAGGUGCAGGCCAUCUAUUCCAUGGGACCAAGCUAUAUGUAUGCAUUCCUUGAUAAUGAAACCACGAUCUGUUCGGAUAACCCUUUGCCUGGUGGAAUUCUUGAUGCCAAAGAUGGCCUUGCGUCUAAAAUUAUAUUUGGACUUAGUGCACAGGCAAGUAGUGGGAGGACUUUGUAUAAUGUUGCCCCACUGGUGGAUCACACAUUGGAUAAGAAUUCAUUUGAAGCAACUGUGAUGGUUGGGACACAGUUAUGUUCACGACGCUUGCUACAACAGAUUAUUUAUUGUGUUGGUGGUGUAUCUGUGUUUUUUCCUCUUUUCACUCAGUCUGACUUGUAUGAGAAUGAAGAAAUUGGGCAAUCUGGACAAGGAUUGCUUACACCUAUCACGAAAGAGCGUUUAACUGCUGAAGUUAUUGAACUUAUAGCUUCUGUCCUAGAUGAGAAUUUAGCCAAUCAACAACAGAUGCUUCUUCUUUCUGGAUUUUCAAUACUUGGCUUUUUAUUGCAAUCGGUUCCACCACAGCAACUGAAUAUGGAAACACUUUCAGCUUUGAAACAUAUGUUUAAUGUUGUUGCAAAUUGUGGUUUGUCUGAGCUGCUUGUGAAAGAUGCCAUAUCUAAUAUAUUUCUCAAUCCUCUUGUCUGGGUCUACACAGUUUACAAGGUGCAACGUGAACUGUACAUGUUUCUCAUUCAGCAAUUUGAUAACGAUCCUAGGCUUCUUAAGAGUCUGUGUCGGCUCCCUCGUGUUCUUGAUAUAAUACGCCAAUAUUAUUGGGAUAGUGCUAAAUGCCGAUAUGCUAUAGGAGGCAAGCCUCUUUUGCAUCCUAUAACAAAACAAGUACUUGGAGAGAGACCUAAUCAAGAAGAAAUACGGAAAAUUCGCCUUCUUCUAUUGAGUCUUGGGGAGAUGAGUCUUAGGCAGAACAUUGCAGUGUCAGAUAUACAGUCCCUGAUUGCUUUUUUUGAAACAAGUCAGGAUAUGGCAUGCAUUGAAGACGUUUUGCAUAUGGUUAUUCGUGCUGUUUCUCAGAAACCGCUGCUUGCUUCCUUCCUGGAACAAGUCAAUUCACUUGGUGGCUGCCACAUAUUUGUGAAUCUUCUUCAGAGGAGUUCUGAGCCCAUCAGAUUGCUCAGUUUGCAGUUCCUGGGGAGACUUUUGGUUGGUCUUCCGUCUGAGAGAAAGGGUUCAAAAUUUUUUAAUAUUUCAGUUGGAAAAGCAAAAUCCAUCUCAGAGUGCCAUAGAAAGAUCAGCUCAAGGAUACAACCAAUUUUCUCUGCCAUAUCGGAUAGGCUGUUUAGAUUUCCACAGACAGAUCUUCUGUGUGCUAGUUUGUUUGAUGUUCUCCUUGGUGGUGCUAGCCCAAAACAGGUUUUGCAGAAACAUACCCUGCUUGACAAGCAGAAAAGCAAAGGAAGCCACUCUCAGUUUUUUCUUCCUCAGAUCUUGGUUCUAAUUUUCAGAUUCUUGUCAAAAUGUGAGGAUGUAUCUGCAAGAAUAAAAAUAAUUGGAGAUUUACUUGAACUUCUCGAUUCAAAUCCUUCAAACAUUGAAGCCCUAAUGGAAAAUGGAUGGAAUGCCUGGUUAAUGGCUUCUACUAGGCUUCAUGCAUUGAAAAACUACAAAGUGGAGUCACAAGUGCACAGUGAUACUGAGAUAAAUGAGCUAAGUUUUGUGAGGAAUUUGUUUUGUGUUGUUCUUUGUUACUAUAUGCAUUAUGUGAAAGGUGGUUGGCAGCACCUAGAGGAGACAGUGAAUUUUCUACUUUUGCAAUGUGAACAGGGUGGCAUCUCAUAUCAAUACCUGCUUCGUGAUAUAUAUGAGGAUUUAAUUCGGAGGCUUAUAGAUUUAUCUUCUGAGGACAAUAUUUUUGUCUCACAACCAUGUCGAGACAAUACAUUAUAUCUUCUCAGACUAGUUGAUGAGACACUCAUCUCCGAAAUUAAUCAGAAACUUCCGUUUCCUACAAGUAGCUCAGAUCUUUCUCCAGAUUUCCUGGAAUUAGAAAGUCACAAGGAUCUCAGCUCUGCCUUAUCCGAGGUCUUACAAGGAGAAUCUGAUAAUGACAUAUCCAGGAAUCCAUGUGUAUGUAAAGAGCCUACCACAAAUAAAGACGAGAUGGUUGAUGAGGAGUGGUGGAAUUUAUAUGACAAUCUGUGGAUCAUUCUCUGUCAGAUGAAUGGGAAGGCACAAAGCAAGGUGUUACCUAAAUCUUCGUCUGCCGUGGGCCCAACUUUUGGCCAAAGAGCACGUGGGUUAGUAGAAUCGCUGAAUAUUCCUUCUGUGUGCCUCGAGAUGGCUGCAGUUGUUGUAUCAGGGGGUCUUAGCAAUGCAUUGGGUGGAAAACCUAAUAAAACUGUUGAUAAGGCUAUGCUAUUAAGAGCAGAGAAAUGCCCCAGGAUUGUUUUUCGACUUGUUAUCCUUUAUCUCUGUAGAUCUUCACUAGAAAGAGCAUCUCGAUGUGUCCAACAGGUCAUUCCCCUUCUGCCAUAUCUUCUGGCUGCGGACGAUGAGCAAAGCAAGAGCAGAUUGCAGCUUUUCAUUUGGGCCUUGCUUGCUGUUAGGUCACAGUAUGGAAUGCAGGAUGAUGGUGCUCGAUUUCAUGUUAUUUCGCAUUUGAUUAGAGAAACUGUUAACUGUGGUAAGCCAAUGCUUGCUACCAGUAUCAUGGGCAGAGACGAGUCAUCAGAUUUAGGCAGCAAUCCAAAAGAAACAGGCACCCUACAGAGUCUAAUUCAAAAGGAUCGAGUGCUUUCUGCGGUUGCUGAUGAGGUAAAAUAUAUAAAGACUUCAAAAUCUGAUCGCACCAGACAGUUGAAUGAGCUACGCAUUAGGAUGGAUGAAAAUUCAUCAUUAGAUUCUAAUCAAAAGAAAGCUUUUGAAGAUGAGAUACUGAGUCGCUUAAACACCAUUCUUGCUUCGGAUGAUUGCAGAAGAGCUCACUUUCAGCUUGCUCAUGAUGAGGAACAGCAAAUCGUUGCUGAAAAAUGGAUUCACAUGUUUCGCACUUUGAUUGAUGAGAGGGGUCCAUGGUCUGCAAAUCCUUUUCCAAAUAAUACUGUUACACAUUGGAAACUUGAUAAAACAGAAGAUGCAUGGCGACGUAGGCCAAAGUUAAGACGGAAUUAUCAUUUUGAUGAAAAGCUUUGUCAUCCUCCAUCCACUGUAUGUAGUAAUGAGGCUGUUCUUCCAGUUAAUGAAAGCAAAUCUGCUUUUGGGGGGCAUAUUCCCGAGCAAAUGAAGCGAUUUUUACUGAAAGGAAUUCGCAGGAUCACCGACGAGGGGUCCUCAGAACCUACUGAAAAUGAUGCUGAAUCAAGUGGGCAAAAGAUCUCUGUCCCUGAGGACAUCUCAGACAGAAAGGGCUCAGAGGGAGUAAAAGACAGCAGUGAUCAAAAGGAUAUUUUUCAAGAUAGAAAGGAUUCUUGCUCUACAUCUACAGAGCAAGAAACCAGCGAGGUCCUUACAUCUGUUCCUUGUGUACUGGUAAUACCAAAGAGAAAAUUAGCUGGACGUUUGGCAGUCAUGAAAAAUGUCUUGCAUUUCUUCAGUGAGUUUUUGGUGGAAGGUACGGGAGGGUCAUCAGUUUUUAAUAACUUUAAUGCUUCAAGCAACUAUGAUUCAGGCAAGCUUGAUCAAUCGGGAGGAGCCGAAAAGCAGAAGUUAAAUGUCGAUUUGGAUUCUGAGAAAGGUAAUGCUUCUGAAAACACAGACGCAAUUCACGAAAAUGUUCUUCAAAAGCAACCUAAAAAUAUUAAGCGCCACCGAAGAUGGAACAUUUGCAAGAUAAAGGCUGUCCAUUGGACUCGGUAUUUGCUUAGGUACACUGCAAUAGAGAUUUUCUUCAAUGAUUCGGUUGCUCCUAUAUUUUUGAAUUUUGCAUCACAGAAGGAUGCAAAAUAUGUUGGAACCUUGAUAGUUGCCACCAGAAAUGAAUCUAUGUUUCCAAAGGGAUACAAGGACAAGACUGGAAUUAUAUCCUUUGUUGAUAGACGUGUGGCACUGGAGAUGGCAGAAACUGCCAGAGAGAGCUGGAGGAGAAGGGAAAUGACAAACUUUGAAUAUCUAAUGAUACUCAAUACACUUGCGGGAAGAUCGUAUAAUGAUUUGACCCAGUAUCCUGUUUUUCCUUGGGUUUUAGCUGAUUAUUCCUCAGAAACUCUUGAUUUCAACAAGUCGUCAACUUUUCGGGAUCUUUCAAAGCCGGUUGGAGCACUGGAUUCGAAACGGUUUGAGGUUUUUGAAGAUAGAUAUCGUAAUUUUUGUGAUCCUGAUAUUCCCAAUUUCUUUUAUGGAUCUCAUUACUCAAGCAUGGGGAUUGUGCUCUUUUACCUUCUUAGGUUAGAGCCAUUUACAUCUCUCCACCGUACUCUGCAGGGUGGUAAGUUUGACCAUGCAGAUCGUCUUUUUCAAAGCAUUGAGGGCAUUUAUCGGAACUGCCUUUCAAAUACGAGUGAUGUGAAAGAGUUGAUUCCGGAGUUCUUUUACAUGCCAGAGUUUCUUGUCAAUUCGAACUCGUAUCAUUUUGGAAUAAAACAAGAUGGUGAACCCUUGGGUGAUGUUUGCCUUCCUCCUUGGGCCAAGGGAUGCCCUGAAGAAUUCAUAAACAAAAACCGAGAGGCCCUUGAAAGUGAAUAUGUUAGCUCAAAUCUCCAUCACUGGAUUGAUUUAGUGUUUGGUUACAAGCAGCGUGGAAAACCAGCAGUAGAGGCGGCAAAUAUCUUUUAUUAUUUAACUUAUGAAGGUGCUGUCGAUCUGGAGACCAUGGAAGACGAACUGCAAAGGUCAGCCUUAGAAGACCAGAUCGCAAAUUUUGGACAGACACCAAUUCAGAUCUUUCGUAAGAAACACCCUAGAAGAGGACCACCAAUUCCAAUUGCUCAUCCCCUGCACUUUGCUCCCGGUUCUAUUAAUUUGACUUCCAUUAUUUCCAGUGGAAGUAAUUCACCAUCAGCUGUCUUGUAUGUUAAUGCGUUCGACUCCAACAUUGUCCUUGUCAACCAGGGCCUGACCAUGUCUGUAAAGAUGUGGUUGACGACCCAACUGCAAUCUGGUGGAAACUUUACCUUCUCUGGCUCUCAGGAUGCUUUUUUCGGGAUUGGUUCUGAUAUCCUUUCUCCACGUAAAAUUGGGAGUCCAUUAGCUGAAAAUGUUGAACUUGGAGCACAAUGCUUUGCAACAUUGCAGACCCCAACUGAAAAUUUUUUGAUUUCAUGUGGCAACUGGGAAAAUAGUUUUCAGGUCAUCUCCCUAAGUGAUGGAAGAAUGGUGCAGAGCAUCAGACAACAUAAAGAUGUGGUUAGCUGUGUUGCAGUGACAUCUGAUGGAACCAUCCUUGCUACUGGGAGUUAUGAUACGACGGUCAUGGUAUGGGAGGUUUCCCGUGUUAAAGUCCAUGAAAAGAGAGUUCGAAAUACACCAACAGAGAUGCACCGUAAAGACAGCGUUAUUGCUGAAACUCCCUUUCACAUUCUGUGUGGACAUGAUGAUAUAAUUACAUGCCUAUUUGUUAGCGUGGAGCUUGAUAUAGUUAUAAGUGGUUCAAAAGAUGGGACCUGUGUUUUCCAUACCCUGCGGGAGGGAAGAUAUGUUAGAUCUCUUCAGCAUCCAUCUGGCAGUGCAUUGUCAAAGCUUGUUGCAUCUCGUCAUGGACGGAUUGUAUUUUAUGCUGAUGAUGACCUCAGUCUGAACCUUUAUUCUAUUAAUGGAAAACACCUUGCCACUUUUGAGUCCAAUGGUCGACUCAACUGUGUUGAACUGAGCAGUUGUGGUGAGUUCUUAGUUUGUGCUGGAGACCAAGGACAGAUAGUUGUACGCUCAAUGAAUUCACUGGAGAUUGUGAGAAGGUAUACUGGAGUCGGAAAGAUAAUAACUUCACUGACUGUGACUCCAGAAGAAUGCUUCUUAGCAGGGACCAGAGAUGGAAGCCUUCUUGUGUAUUCAAUAGAAACUCCUCAACUUCGUAAAACUAGCCUUCCUCGAAAUUUGAGAUCCAAAACUUCUUCAACAGGAUAGAUCCAAAUUUCAAGACACUAUGGUGCAUUAUUUGAGCCAUGCUGAUCAGUGAUGUCGAAUCUGAGAAUGUUGAGUCACGCUUAUUGCAUCUGGGAAUUGCUAUUAAGACCUCGAGUCGCCUUUCUGUCUAGGCAUCAGUUCUUUGGCAGCCCUCGUGUACGACAACAGUAAAAAGAGCCGGAAGAGUAUAUCGUUAGUUGCAGUCCAUACAAACAUCUGAACAAUUUGGCAGGUGCUUUCUCCCAUUAAACCAUGAGCACCCCAUCCGUUACAAAUUCUGUUUGAAAUUGCUGUAUAGCAAGUAUUAUUGUCUUGUACAUUAUAUUCUUGUAAGUUUAGGUCAGAAAUGUUGUGUAUUAACAACAAUGCUAUAUCAGCUUUUCAUUUUCCAUUUUAUAUGUUAGCCCUGCCCCCAAAGGAACUUUGUACAGAUGGGGUUAACCACCUUUCGUCACCCCUAUAUAGUAUGAGGCAAUUUUUUACCAAAGAUGUGUAAUAAUCACUCUCCAUAUUCAAUAGCAUAAUUUUCUUAGCACAUGCUGCAUCA